UAUGUCAUAAUGGUGCAACAUAUUUACAUUUUAUUUUUUAAUUCCUUAUCUGUGGAGCAAUGCAUUAUGUAUAAUAAACGAUGGUUAUUAAUGUAUACAAUAGAAACAACACUUUUCUAUCUUCAUUUGAGCUUCACAUUGAUUGUUUGCGGCAUGAUGUUAUGAUUACUACAGCAGACUAGUUUAUUUACCUAUUUUAACUUAAGACACUGUACUAGCCUUGAGCAAGCCAACUUCAUAUAGGUAUGUAAAACCCAGCUGUGGAAAUGGGCCAAAGGGUCAGCCUUGUCAAAAGCUUCUCCACACUAGAAUACGAAUGCCAAAGUCCUCAUACAUAGUCCUCUCAGGCAUGUGCUUGUAGUUUCCAAGAUGUUAUUAGGCUGAAGUUAUUAACUGUCUUGACUGAGUCCUCAUAAUUGCUGUCUAUUAGCUUUAAUUGAAGGGAUGAGGUUCUUUGCCUCCUGCUGCAUACCUGGUAGUUGCACAGGUCUCACCCCAUAAUCAUGAACUCAACUUGAAAGCAGAAAAACGCAUCCCGUUAUUCUCAACCUUUCCAGUUUCCACAGACCUCAUGUCGGUCAAACAGCGUGACUGUCACUUCUUAAAACAACUCGUUUUGGUUUUGAGUGCAUUGUUCAGAUCAGUGUUUGCAGAUACACACUGAAAAAAGGAGCUAUAAAUAGCUCAUUGUUUAUUAAUUCAAAAAAAGUUAAGGGGCGUGUUGUCAGCGUUCGUUUUUAGGGCAGCCGUCCCACACUGAUCGAUCCGUUAUUUCCUAAGGGCACAGACCUCUGUUUGUGUCAGACUGCAGACUGGCCUAGAUGUCUCACCUGGAUGGCAACCCUCAGUAUUGGAGCCCACACAGCCUCCUGCUGAAUUCCUGUGGCAGUGGAGCAAUGUUGAAAGCAGAUGUGUACUGGUAGAGGGAUGCAUUAUUACGUUGUGCAACUGAUUAUUUAGCCAAGAAUAAUCACAAUUCCAUUGACAAAGGUCCAGGCUACGUACAGGAGUGGCAAACCUCGCGCUAGGCCGGCAGGAAGAGGACCAUGGCCCUGAGCGACGCCAACGGUGACCUCCUGGUCCUCAGCAAUGCCAGCCUGCCACCCAGCAUUACCACGACGGCCAGUGGCACCGGCAGCCCAGCUUCCCGUGCCAGCCUCAGCAACACGGAAGGAGGGGACGUCAGCGUUGUUUCCACACCUAGAACACAGCAGAGGCAUAGGCACCAACCAAGGCCAACGCCUCCGCACAAGGAGCCCCAGCAGAGAUCCAGAGUGAGUCAGGACGGAGGCGCCGUCAAGCAGAACGGCUCCCUUAGGGCCCCUUCCUCCUCCACCUCCUCUUCACACCUCACAGACUCUCAAAGGUUGGCCAAGCUCCUGCCCUCCGCACUUUCCACCACCUCCUCCCCCUCGCCUCCUCAGCCUCCUCCGCUGUCUCCACCUCCCCCGUGCUGCCACCGCUGCCCAUUCCAUCCCCCCUUGUGCUGCCACGGCAACCAGCAGGAGUGCCACAUCUUCCAGACCCAUGCUCCCGCCCUGCAACUGCACCCGGGCUCCUGCUCCUGCUGCCUGCAGGCCUCCCCUCCAUCCCUCUGUUUACACCACCGCUGGCAGGAGCACCUCCAGAACCAGCCCAAUGUGGCCGGCCUCAGCCCUGCAAGGCCUUUUCGGUUCCCCAAAAGCUAUGCAGAGCUGAUUGCUGAUUGGCCAGUGGUGGUCCUGGGGGUGUGUACAGUCCUCAUCGUGGUGUGUGCCCUGGUGGGUAUCCUGGUGCCAGACCUGCCAGACUUCUCAGACCCUUUACUGGGAUUUGAGCCACGAGGCACAGCCAUAGGCCAGCGACUAGUCACAUGGAACAACAUGGUGAAAAACACAGGGUACAAAGCAACCCUGGCUAACUACCCAUUCAAGUAUGCGGACGAGCAGGCGAAAAGUCACCAAGAGGACAGGUGGGCUGAAGAUCACUUUGACAGAGAUAAAAGACAAGCUGACUGGGACUUCAGUAAAGACAGUUUCUUCUGUGAUGUCCCAGGUGACAGAUACUCUAGAUUAGUAUUCACAUCUGCUGAGGGGAAGAACCUGUGGAACAUACAAGCAAUUAAAUCUAUGUGCAAUUUGGACAAUACGCGGGUGCGCUCCCACCCUCAGUACUGGAGCCUGUGCCAGCGCACCACUGACGCCUCCUGCUGCCCCAGCUGGACCCUGGGAAACUACGUUGCCAUCCUCACCAACAAGUCCUCCUGCCAGAAGAUCACAGAGCGCGACGUGUCACACACCCUCAAGAUCCUGCGCUCCUGCGCCAAGUACUACCACAACGGAACCCUGGGCCCCGACUGCUGGGACAUGACCACGCGCCGGAAGGACCAGUCUAAGUGCACCAACGUCCCCCGCAAAUGCACCAAGUACAACGCCAUCUACCAGAUCCUCCAUUUCCUGGUGGACAAAGACUUCCUGAGCCCAAAGAACACAGACUACCUUAUCCCCACCCUUAAACACAGCAUGUUGUUCUCCCCAACAGAGAAAGGGGAGACCAUGAUGAACAUUUACCUGGACAACUUUGAGAACUGGAACUCCUCAGACGGCAUCACCACCAUCACGGGGAUAGAGUUCGGUAUCAAACACAAUCUGUUCCAGGACUACCUACUGACGGAUACCGUGUAUCCAGCCAUAGCCAUAGUAAUUGUGCUGGUUGUCAUGUGUGUGUACACCCGCUCUGUGUUUAUCACCCUGAUGACCAUGAUUGCCAUCAUCAGCUCCCUGAUCGUGUCCUACUUUCUGUACCGCAUGGUGUUCGACUUUGAGUUCUUCCCCUUCAUGAACCUCACGGCCCUCAUCAUCCUGGUGGGCAUUGGGGCGGACGACGCCUUCGUCCUCUGUGACGUGUGGAACUACACCAAGUUCGACAAGCCCAACGCUGAGCUGUCGGAGACGGUGAGCAUCACUCUGCAGCACGCCGCCCUUUCCAUGUUCGUCACCAGCUUUACCACGGCCGCCGCCUUCUACGCCAACUACGUUAGCAACAUCACCGCCAUCCGCUGUUUCGGCGUCUACGCCGGCACGGCCAUCUUGGUUAACUACAUAUUGAUGGUGACCUGGCUGCCAGCCGUGGUGGUGCUCCAUGAGCGUUACCUGCCCAACAUCUUCACCUGCUCUAAACCUCCCCACCAGCAGACAUGGCUUUGCACCCGCACCCUCUGGGCCAAUCUGUGCCAGAAGGCAAACAAGUGCCUGUUCACCAUCUCUGAGGCCUCCAGGAUCUUCUUUGAGAAGGUACUGCCGUGCAUCGUGAUCAAACUGCGUUACCUCUGGCUUUUCUGUUUCCUGGCCUUCACCGUGGGUGGGGCAUAUGUGGUGUGUGUCAACCCCAAGAUGAAGCUGCCCUCUCUGGAGCUGUCUGAGUUCAAAGUGUUCCGCUCCUCCCACCCGUUUGAGCGUUACGACGCUGAGUACAAGAAACUGUUCAUGUUCGAGAGGGUCCACCAUGGGGAGGACCUGCACAUGCCCAUCACCAUCAUCUGGGGGGUCUCCCCCGUGGACAACGGGGACCCCCUCAACCCCAAGAACAAAGGCAAGCUGAUGCUGGACAACACUUUCAACAUUGCCAGCCCGGCCUCCCAGCUGUGGAUCCUCAACUUCUGCCAGAAGCUGAGGAACCAGAGCUUCGUGUUCCAGUCGGAGGAGCAGGAUUUCACCAGCUGCUUCAUCGAGACCUUCAAGCAGUGGAUGGAGAACCGGGACUGUGAAGAGGCCUCUGUCUACCCCUGCUGCAGCCAGUCUACCUUCCCCUACAAGCAGGAUGUCUUUGAGCUGUGUAUCAAGAGAGCCAUCAUGGAGCUGGACCGCAGCACCAGCUUCCACCUGGACAGUAAGACCCCCGGACCUCGCUUCGACAUCAACGACACCAUCCGGGCCAUCGUCCUGGAGUUCAAGAGCACCUACCUGUUCACGCUGGCCUACGAGAAGAUGCACCAGUUCUACCACGAGGUGGACACCUGGAUUCAGGAGGAGCUGAAGAAUGCCCCAGACGGGCUGAAAUAUGGCUGGUUCGUCAGCAACCUGGAGUUCUAUGACCUGCAGGACAGCCUAUCAGACGGAACGCUCAUCGCCAUGGCGUUGUCCGUGGUGGUGGCCUUCGUGGUCAUGCUCCUCACCACCUGGAACAUCAUCAUCAGCCUCUACGCCAUCCUCUCCAUCGCCGGGACCAUCUUCGUCACAGUGGGCUCGCUGGUGCUCCUGGGCUGGGAGCUCAACGUGCUGGAGUCGGUCACCAUCUCGGUGGCAGUGGGUCUGUCGGUGGACUUCGCCGUGCACUACGGAGUCGCCUAUCGCCUUGCCCCCGAGCCUGACCGCGAGGGGAAGGUAGUCUUCUCCCUUGGCCGUAUGGGUUCUGCUAUCGCCAUGGCGGCGCUCACCACUUUUGUUGCCGGGGCGAUGAUGAUGCCGUCCACGGUGCUGGCCUACACCCAGCUGGGCACCUUCAUGAUGCUCAUCAUGUGCAUCAGUUGGGCCUUCGCCACCUUCUUCUUCCAGUGCAUGUGCCGUUGCCUGGGCCCCCAGGGCACCUGUGGACAGAUCCCCCUGCCCAAGAGGUUUCAGUGCCAGGCUUUCAAAGAGGGUACCACCAACGUCCCCUCACCCCAGGGCAAGCAUGGCACCAAGUACCAACUGGACAGUCGAGGAGGAGAGGUGGAGCAUGAGCAUUACGAGCUGGAACCGUUAGCCUCGAACCAAAAGAACGAGGAGAAACCUGCAGAGGAACAGGAGACGUGCACCCAGCUCUAUAAUGGAAUAGCCCCCCACUCUGCCCCCUGCACACACAUCCCCUUUAAGAGCAAGGCAGAGCCUGGCAGAGGUCCCUGCUCUGAAAAUGGACUGGGCAUACUGGCGACUGACCCCACACCCAGAUGCCAGUACUCCCAUAACACAACCUGCACAUGUGGAGAUCCACCUCACCCACAGCAGUCUAUGGGUAUGCAGUGGACCCCCCACCCAUGUACUCAAACCACCCAGGACUCCCCAUUCCCCCUCACAGGCAGCCAUGCCAACAAAGGCCAGACCCUCCUUUCCACUCUGGAUGCAGUCUACAAACCAAUAGGUUGCCGUAUGCACUAUGUCCACUGUCCCCCAGCCCACUUCCACCACUGCACCCCGGGCAGGGUGCCCAGACAGGGCCCUCACAACUGCCACCUCAGAAACUACUGUGUUCACACUGUCCCCCUCACAGGUGGCCUCCCCAGGGACCAACGCUCUGCCCCAGACCCAGCUGGGCUGGAGGAAGUGCACCGGACUGGAGCAUCCUCUGUCCCUAGUGGCAGCCCCACCAUCCCAGCCCAGACUCAAAGGCCUCCUGUCUCCGCUCUGGGCUGCACGUUAGCCCACACACACACAGGGUGCUGCAUAGCCAAUCAUGAAACACAGAGGGCGGAAGAGAAAACGGUAAACGCUCCAAGGGAUCAGAGCAUGGAUAAUUAUGUGUCCACCACAAUGCAAAAGGACGCUUGUCAUAAGAUGCCUGGCAACAAGAAGCUUGAAACCAGUACUACUCCCGUCACAUGGGAAGAAAGUGUCAAAACGUGCAAACAGAACCCCAAAAAAGAGAGGGCAUCCUCAGCCUCUCCCAAGAAACUCUACUGUUUUAACAGGACUUUAAAAGUAAAGUGCAAUUCUGUCGAGUUUAACGUGCCAAAAGCUGAAGCCAAUGUGCCUGCUCUUGCAAUAAAUUCAAAACCCGCAUCUGAAAGUUUAUGUUGACAGCAAAGAGACUAUAUCUAAAGAGUAAACUUUUGUCCUAUCAAGCUAUCAUGAGCAGUGUCCCUGUGCAAUUAAAGUGUUUGGGAUAUUUCACUGACCAAGUGCCUUAUGUCGUUCAUGUAAAAGUAUGUCCCUAUAUAUUCUGUGAUUACUGUUUCUACUGUGCAGAUUUUGGUUUGAUCGGUCAGAUGUACUGUAUUAUUUGAGUACACUGUAAUUUUAUGAAGCUCUAACCUGUUUAAGGAAUGGUGAACCAUUGACUUUAUUCCAUAAGAACCACAGGCCUUAGUAGUCUGUUUCACGUUGCCACAUGCCUUUUGGUCCAAUAUGAAAGAUGUACUGUAUGAUUAUAAAGUCAUUUUAACAAGA